AUACUUCACAUCACUUCCUUCACCGCCUCCACUCUAUAUAUACCUUAACCACCCAUUCCAUUCCUCAAAUCAUUUCAACCUUCUCCGCUAUUCUUUAAUUUGAUUAUUAUUAUAAAUUGUUUUCCUCAUUCUGUGACCAGAUUUCUAAGAUAUAGUACUAUAUUAUUGAUUCUGUUAAAUAUUCGCUAUGGCGAGUUUGACACUCACUGGAUUGUUGAAACAUGUCGCCGAAAAAUUCCCUUCUCAUCGUGCGAUUUCCAUUUCUGGAAAGUUUGAUAUUACUCAUGCACGGCUUCAAGAACUCGUCGAACGUACUGCUUCUCAACUUGUAUCUGCCGGCGUUAAGCACGGCGAUGUCGUUGCCCUCACAUUCCCCAACACUGUCGAGUUCGUGAUCAUGUUUCUAGCUGUAAUUCGAGUACGAGCCACGGCGGCGCCACUGAAUUCAGCGUACAUGGCCGAAGAAUUCGAGUUCUAUUUAUCCGAUUCAGAGUCAAAACUCUUAUUAACUGGAAAUGAAGGAAAUGAAGCGGCUCAAACCGCAGCUUCCAAGCUGAAAAUCCGUCAUAUUACUGCUACUCUGCCUCAAGCCGACUCUGAUAUCACUUUUUCCCCUGCUCCUUCCGGGUCGGACCUUGAAUCGGUGUCCAAAAUCGUUAACGACCCAUCGGAUGUUGGACUUUUCCUUCAUACGUCAGGCACCACGAGCCGACCAAAAGGUGUUCCUCUGACUCAGAUAAAUUUAGCAUCUUCAGUGAAUAAUAUCAAAUCGGUGUAUAAAUUGAGUGACUCGGAUUCAACGGUGAUCGUGUUACCGUUAUUUCACGUUCACGGGUUAAUUGCCGGGUUACUGAGUUCACUCGGAGCCGGAGCAUCUGUGACACUUCCUUCCGCUGGGAGAUUUUCUGCUUCAACUUUCUGGCCAGACAUGAAAAAAUACAACGCCACGUGGUACACGGCUGUACCUACAAUUCACCAGAUUCUUUUGGAUCGCCACCUCAGCAAACCCGAACCCGAUUACCCGAAGCUCCGGUUCAUUCGGAGUUGCAGUGCAGCACUGGCUCCAUCAGUGAUGGCCCGGUUAGAGGAAGCAUUCGGGGCUCCUGUUUUGGAGGCGUAUGCGAUGACAGAGGCGACCCAUUUGAUGGCUUCGAACCCGUUACCUGAAGAUGGCCCGCAUAUUCCCGGGUCUGUUGGGAAACCCGUGGGUCAAGAGAUGGCUAUAUUGGAUGAGAAUGGUGUGGUACAAGGUGCUAAUGCUAAGGGAGAGGUCUGCAUUAGAGGUCCAAAUGUUACAAAAGGGUAUAAGAAUAAUCCUGAGGCUAAUAAAUCAGCUUUCCAGUUUGGUUGGUUUCACACUGGUGAUGUGGGGUAUUUGGACUCUGAUGGAUAUUUGCAUUUGGUUGGCAGAAUUAAGGAGUUGAUCAACCGUGGAGGGGAGAAAAUAUCACCUAUUGAAGUGGACGCAGUGCUGGUUUCUCAUCCGGAAGUUGCUCAGGCAGUUGCUUUCGGAGUUCCUGACGACAAGUAUGGUGAAGAGAUAAACUGUGCAGUUAUUCCAAGAGAAGGGUCAAACAUUGAUGAGGCAGAGGUGCUGAGAUUUUGUAAGAAGAAUCUCGCGGCCUUUAAAGUACCAAAGAAGGUUUUCAUGACCGACUCUCUACCAAAGACUGCAACAGGAAAAAUUCAACGACGACUUGUUGCAGAGCACUUCCUCGCACAGAUUUCAACUGCUAAAGUCCCCAAGUUCGGAGCUUAGAAAAAUUGUUGCGUAAUGAUAUUCCUUCUCCUAUAGUAACAAUAAAAGUAUGAUAUUCACUAUUAGUUACGUAAAUACUUGGUCAAGAAACGAGAAUCAAUGCCUCUGAGGUUUUCAGUAAUGGCGCAAGGUUAUCAUCCUUGAGUCUUAACAGGGGAUAUAUUGGCUAGAUUUUUUGGAUUUUAUAUUAGAUUCUUAGUCUAUUAUUAUGUAAAAUAAGUAGGUGAUUAUCAAGUAUUGCAAUGUUCUUUUAUUUAUAUCAAUACCUUUGACAAUGAGUAUGCAACGCGUAGGUUUGAGCUCUCA